UCCGCGCGGAGGUUUGGUCGCAGUGAAAAUGGCGGACUGAUCGUUGAGAACACACUUUGCCUCCAGCGAUGAAAAGUCCGUCCGAGACAUAAACCUGAAUCCUGACUUCAGACCAGGAGCGACGGAUCCGCAUAUCUCUCCCGAGCAGCCGAUUCCAGUGCGAUCGAGACUCGAGGAGUCAUUGGCUGGCGCAGCGGCGCGCGCUCACCUCUGGAGCCCAAACCAAUCGAACGUCGAUAGAAUCACCGCAUCACUGGGAACCGCGGGCGAUGUGAUGUCCCUGGAGAUGAAGUGACUCCUGCUGGUUGGACAUUUCCAUGGCCACGAGAUAACUGAUGACCGAGGAACCUUUUGCUCUUUCUGGGCUUCUCGUCUGUGAUGGCUGAGCUUCUGCUGCCGGAGUCAAGAAGGUGCACGUAUUUCUUCCUCUAUGAUGGAUCCAAAGUCAAAGGAGAAGGUGAUCUGACGAGAGAGGGGAUCUGCUACUUCUACCCUGAAGAGACCCCGGUGGACCGCCAGGAGCUGCUCUGCGGGCAGCUGGCAGGUGUGGGCCGCUGCGUCUCUGAGCUCUCCUUCUCUCCUGUUCGCGUCCUGAGGCUGCGCCGCAACAAGUUCGCCAUCCGCAUGAAGGACGACUUCUUCUGGGCUCUGGGCUGCUCGGUGGAGGUACCCACCGUCAGCGUCUGCCAGCUCCUCGAUCAGCUCAUAAACCUCUUCUGCUUCUACAACGGCCCCGUCAGACAGAGCUACCAGCUGGACAGUCAGGAAGCUCUUGCAGCUCGGUGGGCGCAGUACCUCUCACACCUGCAGGCAGGAUCGUCAGAGCUCCCUCAAAUCUUCAGCUGCUUGAGGACCAUUGACUCCACUAACGUUGACCCACUUCUGCUGCUCAAAGCCGCCCUCAUUCUCCAGGCCUGUCAGCGCUGCCCUCUAGUGUUAGCAGGCUGCAUUCUGUUCAGGGGGAGAGUUGUAAGCACGCAGAUGUUUCCAGAGCUCACAAUGAAGGUGAUGGUUCAUGAGAGUGAAACAUACACAAAGGUCCAGAGGCCCAGUGGACGGAGCAGCUCCAGCUCGUUCGGCGGCGCCGUCAGCUCCACCACUGUGUUCCUGACCACGUCUGAACUUCAGCACCUGCAGUCCGUCCCCGUCGACACAGACUUCAGUUUCCACUCGACCCCACUCAAAGACACUCCCCCAGCAAAGACCCGCCUGUCCAGGACGUUGUCUGACAUGCUCUCCACUGAGUCCGAUCCGUCUGAUCCUGGUUCCUCCCAGUCUCCCCAGAAGGUGUCAGACAACUCUGUGUUUAGUCCGGUUCCACGGCAGAGCGGCGCCGAUCCACUCGAGCCGCCCCUGUCAAACGGAAAACAUGAAGCGGAGGAGGAAGCGCUGCUUGAGUCGUGUUAUCACAGUUUUCACAGCAACGGAGGCGCAGACAGUCAGAUACUUAAGGAUGGAGACGCCUCAGGGUUCGAAGAAAACUCCCAUCUGAAUGGAGGUGGAGGAGAGACAGUGUUUGACUUCACAGGGCCUGAGCCUGGGGAGGACAGAUCACAUCAGGUUUUGGGAGAGGCCAGUAGAGCUGGCUGCGGCAGAACUCAAGGCCAUGAAGCAGAAAGUCCAGACCCUCCUCUGAACCCAGAGGAGGGUCCGCUGGUCCCCAUGACGCUGUACAUGCACCGGGUGAAAGGCCUGGUGCUGGCUCUGCUGGUGGAGCCUCACUUCUUGACUGACACAGCUUCUAUGGAGGAAGUGUAUCACAGCAGCCUGGCGUCACUCAAUGGACUGGAGGCCCAUUUGAGGACCGUCUCACCGGUGGCCCCCGGUGCUCCAGGACCCUACAUCUUUGCCCAUUUUGACUGCAUUCAGAGCACGCUGACAACCAACCUGUCUGCUCGACCGGGGGGAGCCCCAGAGCGUCCUUUUGUGAGAGCCACAUCACUUCUCCACUCGCAUUUCUGUGACACUGAAACUCUGCAGGAGGCUAUUAUCAGGAGUGCCGGUGCUGCUGUGUAUGGAACCCGCAGUGUGGCUCAGGAGACUUACUUCCAGCAGCACGGGGGAUCGCUGAGGAACUCGGGCAUCCCUAACCACCAGGACAGCGCUUUCUCUCUGCCCAGCAAGGCCCGACACAGACUGCUGAAGCACGGCGUGAACCUGCUCUGACCGGACCGGACCGCCAUCCGCCUCAGGGUUCAAGAGGAAUACUUAAAACAUGAACUGUUCUGUGAGUAAGCUUAAAAUCAGCAGAGAAAAUGUGAGAACAUGAUCUCAAGCUUCCUGUUUGGUAGCUGCUGUGGUUCACUUGCUGUGCUGUCUCAUGCUGUAUGAUAAAACCUUCACAGCAGAACCUUUUUAAAGUUGUGUCAAGCUUUGAAUUUGACAGGCUGGUGACAGUGGGGCAGCAUAAGUUCUGUUCCCAGUGAAGUUUUAGUCGUAGUUUACAUGUUUCCAUGCUUGUUUGGAUACAGAUUGUUCAUAUUUUAUUCCUGUUUUCCUAAAACACGUUUUGUAUCUACACACAUUUUGCAGCUGCUUCACUUGAGUUGUUUCCCCUCAUCACAUCCCCAGUGCAGUGAAUGUAAUCAUUCUGCUUCAUUUAGACUAAAGCAACAUGAAAUCUUUAUACCCCUUAACUUAAUGUAUUUGUACAGAUUCACGCUUUUCUUUGCUGCACAUACUGCAAAACUGUGUUGGUUUAUAACAAAAAUUUCUAAGGUAAUCUAAAAUAGUUUUUAUGAAAAUGUCUAUUUAUUUCAAAUCAGCUCUUUCGUAACUACUCGGCUGUCAGAUCUGCUGUGUUUCUCUUCAAAGUGUCAUUUGUUAAACAGAUCCACUCAGAGUUUGCUGAGCAGAGAUGCGCUGUGAUAUUCUGUCCUGCAUCAUUAGUGGAAAUUAAAUGAAUACAUGAUCCUCUCAGAGUUGAGUCUUUUGUAAAUGCUUGUUUAAAACCACGGGGGCUACACAGCC